CAUCGUUCUUAUCAAUUUUGGAGUUUGAAAAACUUUUGAGAGCUUGAAAUGAGCUUUCAAAAAUUAUUUUUAACUAUUCAAUCAAGUUAUAUUUUGAAGUGAUUACUACAAAAAGGACUGUAAAAGUCUUAGAUCCACUCGAAUACAAAAUCAGUUACACUAGAGUAAAUCUCACUUCUCAGUCAAAGAAAUGAGCACCAAAAAACUCACUGUUUUAUAUGGCAGUCAAACAGGAACCGCUCAAGAAGUCGCCGAAAGGAUUUGGAGAGAAGGAAAAAGAUACUCCUUCGAAGGUCCUGUCCUGGCCAUGGAUGAAUACCAAAUUCCCGAUUUAAUCCACGAACCAGUCGUAAUCUUCGUUUGCUCCACAACUGGACAAGGAACUCAACCAGAUAACAUGAAAAGAUUCUGGAAAUUUUUACUCAAGAAAAAUUUACCUUUAAAUUCGUUGAAAAACGUCAGAUUUUCUGUACUAGGUUUGGGUGAUUCUUCGUACGUGAAAUUUAAUCAUGCGGCUAAAAAGUUGUAUAAAAGAGUACUUCAGUUGGGAGGUCAGCCAAUAAUUGAUCCUGCAUAUGCUGACGAUCAACAUGAUCUCGGGGCUGAUGCUGUGGUUGAUCCGUGGAUUUCGAAAUUAUGGAAUGCACUCGGUGAUCCGUUAGUUGAACAAAAUUCAAGAGUUGUAGAUCCUCCUAGAUGGAUUAUUAACGUUUCAAAAAAUGACAUCGCUAUUCCCAGUAACGAAGUAAAGAAAGAAGAAUUACUCAAAUCUAAUUCAGCGAAGGUUACUUGUAUUUCAAACGUACGGUUAACCCCUGAAGAUCAUUUUCAAGAAACAAGGCUGAUUAAAUUUACUUCGGAAAAUUUACAAUAUGUUCCAGGAGACGUGUUCAUGAUCAAACCUCAAAACUGUGAUAAAUCUGUGGAUACUUUUUUUGAAAUAUUUAACGAUCGAAGAAACGAAAUCAGUGAAAAUUGCCUCGUUCGUGUUACCAAACGGUUUACAGAUAUGGCUGUGCCAUAUGCGUUACAAGAACCAGUACCUUUUCGUAGUAUUGUCAAGGAAUACUUCGAUUUAAAUAUGAUACCUCGACGAUACACUUUUGAAAUUCUAUCCCAUUUCACCGAUAGUGAAUUAGAACGUGAGAAGCUGAUAGAAUUUAAUACAGCUGAAGGUCAGCAAGAACUAUACAAUUAUUGCAAUCGUCCCAAACGAACGAUUCUGGAAGUGUUGGCAGAUUUUCCUCACGCUGUGGCUAAAAUACCUGUCGAAUAUUUAUUCGAAGUAUUUUUACCAAUUCGUCCCAGAGCUUUUUCAAUCGCAUCUGCUCCGGAAGUUCAUAAAAAUGAAAUCCAUAUUUUAGUAGCUGUUGUCAGAUAUAAAACUAAUUUAAAAAAGCCAAGAAUCGGUUUGUGUUCGACUUGGCUGGCUUCUCUGCAGUCUGGCAGCGUGAAUCCAGCGUACAUCAGAAGUGGUUCAUUUAUUUUCCCGAAACAAAUCGAUAUUCCAGUGAUCAUGGUUGGUCCAGGAACUGGUAUAGCCCCGUUCAGAAGUUACGUUCAUCAUUCUUCUGCGUUGAAUCCAACCAGUGAUAGAGUCGUAUUUUUUGGUUGUCGAAACAAAACUGCUGAUUACUAUUUUCACGAGGAGUGGACCUCGCUGCAGGAAAACCGUAAAGUUCGCAUUUUCACAGCUUUCUCGAGAGAUCAAUCAGAGAAAAUAUACGUUCAACACGUUAUUGAAAAAAACGUUCAAGAUAUCGUGAAACUCGUAGCUCAACAAAAUGCCUACAUAUUUGUGGCAGGUAACUCGAAGAAUAUGCCAGAAGCGGUCAAAUCAGCGUUCAUUUCUGGUUACUCGAAGUAUGAGAAUGUUGAACAGGAUUAUGUUGAGCAAUUAUUCGAAAAAAUGGAAUUGAAUGGAAGAUAUCAGACUGAAACGUGGUCGUAAUCGAAGAGUUGUUUUUAAUGUAUUUGCAAAUAUAGUUUUUUUUUAGCAUA